AUGAUUGCAUUCAUCAGUUACUUCGUUCUCGUCUAUGGCGAUCUACUAUCCUACACUUUUUCCACAUCCACUGCAACGGAACAAGAAUAUCGGAUAAAAGAAGAACUGCCACUGGGCACACAAGUGGGCAACUUGGUUGACGAUGUCCUGGUUCGUCUGAUGGAUUUUGGACUGGUCAAAUCACCGAACGGCGCAAAUCCGAAACCAGAUCAAUUGAAAAGGAUGUUCAUGUUCAAAAUUUUGAAUUACGCGGACCGCGGAGUCAACUGCUUUGAGAUAAAACCUGACGGUCGACUUGUAACUAUCCGCCGAAUCGAUCGAGAACAGCUGUGCUCUAACCGACAACUGAAGUCUCCCAAUUCGCCAUACGGAAUGCUAGAACGUGCCACAGACCCGUUAUUGCUUCAGUCGGCCGGCAGUACAAAUAAAAUGCAUGACACAGAUAAUCGGUUUUGCCCCAUAACCAUUCAGUGUGCUCUCUAUCCACUGGAGCAAGUUAGCGCAACCACCCAAUCUACCCAGUCCUCUUUGAAUGCCUUAUCCAGCUUGAAAAGUCAUUUUACCGAACAGAAUGUGAUUCAAAUUCGUGUUCUGGUGGAAGACAUUAACGAUAGUCCACCGUAUUGGCCUGGUCAUUUACAACGAUUUCAAGUUCAGUUCCGAGAUGGUGAUCCCAUCGGCGAGAGAAGAACUUUACCUCCGGCUCUGGACAACGAUGUAGGCAACUCCGUGGAAUGUCGUCUACGUACGGUCAAUUUCACGCUUGCGAGAACCACGGACACAAUGGAUAGUGGUGGAUCUAAUCCAGUUAGCGGUAUGGUGAUGCACAACUUACUCACUGCAGUCGAGCUGGAUCGUGAAGGAACCGCAAUCCAAAACAUUCCAAUACUCUGUUCUGAUAUGGUUGGACACUAUACGGAACAGAACGUCACAGUUCACAUCACUGAUGUGAACGAUAAUAAACCACAGUUCGUUCAGAAUGAAUUUGCAUUCCAAGUGGAAGAGAAUGCUCCACCAGGUACUCCACUUCGCAGAAUUUCAGCCACGCAAGCGUCAGUCACCGGAUCCCAUUCCGGAUCGACAGGAACACUCGCGGGCACAGAGCAGCCUUUUUCUUCACUCCGGGCGUCUCCUGUUGGAUUGUAUCAGUGGAAUUUAUUAGCCACAGAUUUGGACAGCGGUCCAAACGCUGAAAUUCAUUAUCGUCUUUUGGAGAAUGGGCUAAAUUCCACCGGAUUCGUAGUUGAUCCGAUUUCCGGUGCACUAACUACUGCCGCUGUGUUCGACCGAGAACGAAUGGACCAUUAUGUUUUGCAAGCGCUGGCUAUUGAUAAAGGGAAUCCACCACUAACUGGAACGAUCGCGGUGAAAGUAAGCAUGUGA